AUGUAUUUAAAAUCCUUGUUGCUGGCAGUGGUAGGCUUUUUGGUUUCACUAUCAUUCGUGAGUGGGCAAAAGUACACCUGCUGUAUGCCACACCGUCACACAGUCUAUGCUUCCGUCCGGUCCAUGUCUCUCUCUAAUUGCAAAGACAAUCAAUGCAAUUUCAAUGGUCAACGUGUGAUUCACGAGAAGCACAUGCCUGACUUCUUUCACAGAAGAUAUCGAUUAGAUUUAAAGAUUGAGAUGAACGACAAGGUUGUGAGCGAUUGGAAAACAACCAUGGGAUUUAUGGAGCCCUAUCCCAGCAAUUUUGGAAUUGAAUACAUCUUCAAUGCUACUUCAUGUACUUGCCAUCAACUGACCAAACAAUCACCUUACCUAAUGGUUUCCUGUGUCGAUGCAGACUACACCCUCGAGUCAGUGAUUGAUGUUGGCAUUGAAACCAUGGAAUAUGUCAAAGGUCAACGUUAUGUGAGAACCCUACAAUUAAAUGGAACUCAUACCCAACGAGAUGUCAUGGUCGUUCAACAAGUAAAUAAGCCACAACCACCCUUUCCCCACAAGUACGAUCCAUAUCCAGCCGAUUAUGAUUGUGCUAUUCUCUAUUCAGAAACAAAAAUAGAAACAAGAGAUCACUUGGGCAAUCUGAAAGAGUUGCAAACCAUCUCAAGCCAUUUCUGGAAUUUUAAACCUUUCAAUACGGAUGCCGACUAUGUGGUACCUUCGUAUUGUCCCAAAUGCAAUUAA